UUCGUGCUUCCUUGUUCUGUCACUGCAAAGUUAAAUAUGUCGGCAUGGAAAGAGAAACUAAGGAGAGUUGUUACAGUGGAACCGGUGAUUUUCCUCUACAUGACCAGCACUUUCAUCGUGACACCUGCAUAUCAACAAAUGAUUAUCACAAAGGUGUGUCAAGAUUUGUUCAAGAAUGAUACUAUCUGCAGUAACCCUGAGCACCACAAAGGGGACGAGGAGGUUCAGACGACAGCCUCCUACAUCCUGCUUUUGUUCAACGCCACCCUCAGCCUGGUCUCCAUCCCUCCCGCCAUUAUGCUGGACUCCUGGACUGACCGCGCUGGCCGUCGCUGA